GUCUCACGCCCGUUAACGCAGCGCCGCGCCCUGGCCGGAUAUAAGCCCCGGGCGCCCGGUGGCAGGCCGCAGUCGCGCCAAGCAGCAGCAGCAGCCCCUCUGAAACCUCCGCCAUGCAGCACCUGACCGUCGUCCUCCUCGUUGUCGCCGCCGCCGCGGCCAUCGCGGUCGCAGAGCCCGAGCCGGAGCAGCCCGCCAACCUGCGUCAGCUGCUCGGCGCCCACCCCCUGCAGAAGCGCAGCUUCAAGAGCCUGAUGCACAAGGCGCACGUCAAGCUGUCGCACGUCGCCCACAACGUCGCCCACAAGCUCGCCCCCAACCUGCAAAAGCUCAAGGACUGCCUGAAGAGGACCCCCGGCGUCCCCGCCGCCGUCCAGGGCGUCGUGACCGGCUGCGCCAGCUCGGCCGCCGGCGGCAUGGGAGCCAUCGCGGCCUGCGCCGCCAAGAGGGCCGCCAUCCCGGCCGCACGCGCCACCAGCCACCUGGCCGUCUGCAUGGGCUAGUGCCCUGCUGCCACUUUGACUUAGUUGACAAACAAACUUGAUGCAAUGGCACCUGCUUGGGCUCAUUAAAGUUGCGGCGGAGUUUCUAGAAUGCAAAACAAAAGCGAGUUUCUCGUCUAGCGCGUGUCGGGGUUCACGACGCUCGUGCGCGGGCCCGGCUCACGGCGGCUUCCUUGCGCGUAUAAAGUCCACACCGGCGGCCACGAUUGCCGCAAUCGCACUGCUUCACCAUGGCCUCCGCGCACCAGCUGCUCCUCUGCGCCCUGAUGGCCACCCUGGCCCUCGCACUGGCCAACCCUCCGCCGCCCUCACACCCACCGGCCCCGGCCAAGCCCGGCUGGCACCCGCACAUGCCCCACCUGCACAUGCCCCACCUGCACAUGCCGCACCCGCACCUGUCGCCCAAGUUCAAGGCGAACCUGGUGCACAUCAAGGAAUGCGUGAAGAAGGAGAUUGUGAAGCUGCCCGGCGGCGUGGGCCACCUCAUGUCCAACUGCCUGACGUCCAUCUCGAUGGGCCCGCCGGCCUUCGGGGCCUGCGUGGCCGGCAAGGGCAUCAUGAGCGCGGCCAGGGCGACGAGCCACAUCGCCGUCUGCGUCGGCUGAUGAGGAAGACAAUCUUUUUUAUGAAAUGGUUGAGCGCGCGCUCUCUCUCUCACACACACACACUUUUUCCCUCAGUCGACCUGCCUGUUGUCUUAUUUUGUUUUGAAAUAAACCCUCUCUUUUGAGCAA